GACAUUAACGACAACUACCCAGAGAUCGUCACCAGAGAGCUGAGAGUUCAAGAAGGCGGAGGCCGGAUGAAGUUCGUGGGCAGGCUUGAAGGCUCAGACAAGGAUUCUGGCCUCAACUCCGAGCUGGUUUUUGCGAUGCCUCCGACUGAUGACAUCACCGGCCAGAUGUUCAAGGUCAACCCUAACGGAGUGGUCUACAUCCUUCACCUGGAAGUGCGAGAUAAAGGCAUGGAUCCCAAGAUGACCUCAGGUACCGUGACCGUCAUAGUUGAAGACAUCAAUGAUCACGCUCCAGUCUUCCUGUUUCCUAACCAGAAAAACUAUACGGUGACGUUUCUGUGGUCAAUGCCGGUCAAUAAAGAAAUCACCAGGGUACUGGCCACAGACAAUGACCUGGGAGACAACAAAAAGAUCUCCUAUUAUUUUAAAACUGGUAACAAAGAUGAUCUCUUCGGUCUAGACAAAACUUCGGGGAUUCUCUUUCUUCAAAGAAGGAUAAAAGACUCGGAUGGGCAGCUUCAUAAGCUGCAGAUUUAUGCUCACGAUUCGGGUGUUGAUCAGAGAGAGACUCAUGCUGUGUUGGACAUAUUUAUUGAUAUGACCAAUGCCACAUUCGCUGCUGUUGGGGAUAGUAGAGGAGAUGAGAAGUACAUCCUUCUUGCUGGGAUUAUCGCUGGCGUGACUCUGCUGUUCUCCGUUAUUGUCCUUCUCGUUAUCUUCCUUAUACGUCGAAGUAGCAGUCAUAGACCCUCCUCUCCCGUAGAUAAGCAUCCUCAAUGGCAGGUUGUCAAAACUGGGAUCCAAGAAGAAUGUGGAAAAGGAGAGGUUGAAAAGAUUAACUGGCGAGGAUCUGACAUUGAUAUUGAUGUGAAAGAUUCUGAAGAGAACGGGGUGGGGGGCAACUACAUACCUCAUUCGCCACCGGAUGUUACUAAAACCGGAAGUUAUGACACAGUUAAGAAAACAGCAGAUGGAUGUCCUCCAUGGAACAAUGCCAGAGAUGAAGUCCUUGCCGGACAAUCAGAAGCUGGACCCGGGGUCGAUCCAUAUCGAAAACAGGAUUUUUACACGUUUUGUAAG